CAUGUGAGUAGUCUUUCGGUUGCCUUCGUGUUGUUUGGUUUAUGGCUCGGUUCGUUCAAAUUUUUGAUGGCGAUUUUAUGUUUGAAAUUUUAAAGUUAACGUGAUAAUUAAAAAAUCAAGAAAAAUAUUUUUAUGAAGUUUAUAUCAAGUGAAUAUGCGAUUUUGAGUGUAAAAUUUUUAAAUUUUGGUGUGAAGUGUUUUAAAAAUGUGUUCAUGACUACAUUUUUUGUAAGUGUUCAAUUUAAAUAAUUCUACAGUAUAGUAUGUGGAUUUAACCGUUGUUUUAAUAUCGAACAUCUGAGGACUCAACUUUGACGGCGUUAAACAUCAUGGGUUGCUUUUGUACGAGUAUUCGGACACACCACUGUAAAAUUGUAUUGUUGGACGAUCAAGAAAUUGUGCAUGAAGUCCAAGGUUCUAGUCAUGGCCAAGAAGUAUUUGAUGUCGUUGUUAGACAUCUGAGUCUCAUAGAAACGGCUUAUUUUGGUUUACGCUACCUGGACACUCAGAACCAAACACAUUGGUUGGAUUUAUCUAAAAAAAUAUCAAAACAAAUGAAGGACAUUGAAAAUUUUACUUUUUACUUUGGAGUGAAGUUUUAUGCAGCAGACCCAUGUAAACUCGUUGAAGAAAUCACGAGGUAUCAGUUUUUUCUACAGCUUAAACAGGACAUACUGCAGGGUCGUAUACCAGUCACUUCAGAACUGACAGCUGAAUUGGGAGCGUACGUCGUUCAGUCGGAGCUUGGCGAUUACGACCCUAGAAGACAUACAAAUGGGUAUGUAUCGGAAUUCCGAUUUGUUUCAAAUCAAAACGCUGAGCUUGAAAACCGAAUCGCAGAAAUACAUAAAGAGUUAUCGGGUCAAGUACCUGCUGUUGCAGAAUUGAAUUUCUUGGAUAAAGUUAAAUGGCUAGACAUGUAUGGAGUUGACCUGCAUCCGGUUUUAGGAGAAGACAAUGUAGAAUAUUAUUUGGGUUUGACACCUACUGGAGUAAUUGUGCUAAGAAACAAAAACAUUGUAGCUAACUAUUAUUGGCCAAGAAUUACUAAGAUUUUUAGCAAAGGAAAAUACUUCAUGUUGCGAGUUUGUGAUAAAAAUAACGAUGAAAAUACAUACGGAUUUGAAACACCAUCAAGACCUGCCUGUAAACACUUAUACAAGUGCAGCAUGGAACACCAUUCUUUUUUCAGAUUAGUUCAAGUAUCUCCUAAUCCUCCAGAUGUAAUAAAUACUCGAUUUAGCAGUGGCCGAGCAGACAAAUCAUCAGUGAGAAGUUCACAGAUGAGUGGAAGGAUUCCUCCGUCGUUCACCAGAACUCCAAGUCGUCGAUAUCAAAGGCGUAUUGUUGAAGGAUCUAGUGACAAUCAAGACAAUUUUAAAGAAACUAAAUUAGAUUCGUUAAAGUCUCAAGACAAGUUAAAAAAUGGUUCAAAUCCUCAGUUGCCUGUGCACACUAUGUACAUACCUCAACGGAGUGAUUCACCACGAAGUACCAGGAGUGCACCAUGGGGUGUUUGGUCAAGUGCUCCUUCUAGAGGACUAUAUUCAAGCGGAUCACCAAGAAGUGUAAGGUCAGGACCUCAUCAGAUCAUGCGACAUGCACGUCGAUCUUCUAGUGUAGACAGUCAAAGCUCAAAUGACUCAAAAUCUUGUCGGAAACACAGACAUAGAAAUCGAAAGUCGUCGGACAACGAAAGUGAGCAGUCUAGUAGGUCAGGUAGUAAAUCUCAUCGACGGCACAGGCACCGGAGUCGCAAAUCUUCAGGUGGUGAAGAUUAUGAUCAUAGACGACAUAGGUAUCAGUUGGUCGAUUCAGAGGGUCAAUGGCGUGAAGUGCAAAAACGUCAAGCUGAAGGUAGAUCAGUAAUACAAAAAGCGUCUGUUGUUCGACCACGUUCAGGUUAUGCCAAUAGUGGCUUGGAAUCUGAGAGUGAGAUAUCACAUCACUCGUCGUCAUAUAGAAGAAGAAAGCAUCGAAAAAACAGGUCUCGCUCCAGGUCACCAUCAGAAAGUAAAACUCACCUAUCCGAGGAACUCAAAAAACAUUUGGAAUUUAAAUUAGUCGAUACUGAAGGAAUGACUGAAGAGCAGCUGAGAGAAAUACCAUAUACAGCAGUAAAAACAUCAAUUAAAUCGAACUCACCCCCUUUGUCAUCUAAACGAAAAUCAUAUUCUUCAAGGAGAGCCAAGAGCUGUUCGCUAAAAGAAACAACCGUACACGAAAAUGGCGAUAGUCCUCCUCCACCCUAUAGUGAAGGACCUGCUGCAAUGAAUCCCAUUCCAAGUUCUAAAAGUGCAAAUCAGUUACCAAGGCUUCCAUCUAACCCAAUGAUAAGAGCAAAUGAUUUAAGUAAAAACAUGUGUUCUGCUUUAUUUAAUAACCCUUCAACAUUACUCGGGAAGAGUAAUUAUUCUAGUCAUGACCAACGAAAUCCCAUGAAUCAUUCAAGAUGGUUAUUCGAUCUCGAGCAAAAAGACAAUAUCUACAAUAAAAAAACGGAAAAUAUGAUGAGAGAUAUCACAUACGCUCCAACAAGAUCUACUAAUAGCAGUAACGGCGGUAUAAACAAUGGUACUCCUAAGGGAUCGUGGUCUAGUCAAGAGAUUCGCGGUACCGUUGGAACACCAUGGCAAUGUAUACCAGAUCGUAUUUACCCCGUUAGUAGUUACGGCUUGAAGAACAUAAAUCAAGUGAAUUACCAAAACCGGAACAAUAACAACCCAGAUACCCCUUACAGGAAUGGUACGAUGGUGGACUCUAACAGAAACAAUACGCCGGAUGUCGAUAGUACUAAAGUUUCUAUUAAAAAUAGCAAGUCGUUCGAAAGUGGAGUGCUUGGUCAACAUGCUAAUACACCUAAUGGUAUAAUACCUUGGCCCGGUGAUCGAAAACGACCACAAUGGGACAAUGGACCUUUGUACAAUGGAUCAAUGCAUAAUGGUGAAUUGAUUAAUCGAUCAAGUCUCAGAUCAUUUAGAGGUCCGACCUAUUUUUCACCGCAGCACAACCAUGUUGACCGUUUGUCAACUGCAGAACUGAGAUCUUCAGCCAGCCUAGAAGAGAUUCUAUCACCUAUAUUGCAGAGCAAACUGACUACGUGUGAGUAUAAAAUACACCAAUGACAUGAAAAAAAUGAGCUUAUAAUAAUGUAUUUAUAUUUUUAACAGAAUUUCGAUAAACAACCAUUUUUGAUUUGUUAAAAUACAUACAAUAACAUGUUUAACCGAAAAAACGUAAAGAACAAAUAAUAUUCUCUAUUUAUUGAAGCCAAAGGAAUUUUUUGUACAGUGUACAAAUAAGAUGAUACAAUAUGAAUUAUAGUUAAAAGUAUUUAUAAGAACACAAUUAUUGUUAAGACUUUUUUGUGAAAUGCAAAUUUUUCAUUAGCUAUUUUAUUUAUUUCACAUAAUGAGGGAGCUGCCAGAGAGCAUCGAUAAGACUGAAUUUAUAACUAAAAUUACUAUAAAUACUUGCAAAUUGUCUUUUUUGAUACUCACGUUCUCUCAACUGACUUAUCAUAUAAACAUUUUUUAAGCUCAAUUUUUUGCAUGCGUUUUCUAUAUAACCUAAAUAUAUUUAAAAUGGGUACUUAAUAAACGUUUUAUACUAAUAACUCCUCUAAAAUAGUGUUAUAAAAA